AUGUCCAAUCCAGAAACCAGAGGUGGGCUCACCAAGGUCAUGAUAGAGAAAGCGUUAUGGAACUGCUGCGUCUCCCUUUCAUUGAACGAAAUAAUGCCAAAUCUCUAUCUCGGCGGCUAUCUGGCAGCCUCAAACAUCGACUCCCUCCGCUCCACCGACAUAACCUUCGUGCUCACAAUAAUGAGCUCCGACCUGUCAGCCCCAACUCUCCAAGAGCAUUUAGAGCUGGGCAUCGUGACGGCGCGAUUCAACAAAGAUGACAAACCGGCCGAAGAUCUUCUCUCCAUUUUUGGCUCAACGUGCGAUCUGAUUGAGGAGAAGAGGGCGGAGGGAAAGAAGGUACUCGUACAUUGCAGGAUGGGGAUUAGUCGAAGUGUAACUUUGGUGAUGGCUUAUAUAAUGCGGGCGUGGGGCGUGGGAUUCCCUGAAGCGCAGCUCUUCGUAAAAGGGAAGAGACCGAUGGCGAGCCCAAAUCGCGGCUUUUGUGAACAGCUUAGGGUGUGGCACGCGUGCGAGUAUGGUGUUGAACAGAUCGUAGAGGGAGAGAGGCGAGACAAGGAGCCGUAUGCAGAGUGGAAGAGAAGCAAGGGUAUUGUAGCCGCGGAGGGAUCAUAA